GAAUCCCCGCCUUCCGUUGUGUCUUCACUGUAAAUGUGCCCUUAAACACUAUAAUAGUGCACUUGUCUCCAUUCGUUCCUACACUACAGAGUGCGUUUAAACACGCAUUACGGAGUGAUUUGGGAUUGUCCCUGAGAAGCUUCCGUCCGCGGCUACACAAACAACGAGUUAUCUUAUGCAGAAUUGCUGUUGAUCGCUCUAAAUAAUACAACAAGAUGGCUGGCAGGACCAUGCAAGCGGCGCGAUGUCCGACUGAAGAACUCUCGCUGACCAACUGUGUGGUAGCCAAUGAGAAGGACUAUAAGUCAGGACAGCACGUGAUGAUCAGGACCACGCCCACACACAAGUACGUCUUCACUGUGAGGACGCAUCAUAGCGUGAUGCCUGGAACCCUCGCCUUCAGCUUACCACAGAGGAAAUGGGCAGGUCUCUCCCUCAAUCAGGAUGUGGAAGUCAGCAUUUACAACUUCGACUCGUCCAAGCAGUACGUCGGAACUGUGAGUCUGGAAAUUGACUUCCUGCAGAAGAAGAACGCAGACAGCAACUCUUACGACUCGGACAAGAUGGCCAUCGAGUUCAUCCAGAGUUUUAACUCUCAGGCGUUCUGCGUGGGCCAGCAGUUUGUGUUAAGCUUCUGUGACAAGCUCUUCCUCCUGGUAGUUAAAGACAUGGAGGCGAUGGACCCUGGCAUCCUGAAGGGCGAGAGCUCCAGCAAGAAAAACAAGAUCGAGAUCGGCUUGUUGCACGGUAACAGUCAGGUGAUUUUUGAAAAGGCAGAGAGUUCCUCCAUCAUCCUGAUUGGCAAGGCCAAGUCUAGAGGCACACGACAGUCCAUCAUUAACCCUGACUGGAACUUUGAGCGGAUGGGAAUCGGAGGCCUGGACAAGGAAUUCUCUGACAUCUUCCGCAGAGCCUUUGCCUCUCGGGUUUUCCCUCCAGAUAUUGUGGAGCAGAUGGGUUGUAAGCAUGUUAAAGGUAUUCUGCUGUUCGGGCCCCCUGGCUGCGGUAAGACACUGAUGGCACGUCAGAUUGGAAAGAUGCUGAACGCCAGAGAGCCCAAGGUGGUCAACGGCCCUGAGAUCCUCAACAAAUAUGUAGGAGAGUCAGAGGCCAACAUCAGGAAACUGUUUGCUGAUGCAGAGGAUGAGCAGAAAAGGCUGGGAGCCAACAGUGGCCUACACAUCAUCAUUUUUGACGAGAUCGAUGCCAUUUGCAAGCAGCGAGGCAGCAUGGCGGGCAGCACCGGCGUCCACGACACCGUCGUCAACCAGCUGCUGUCUAAAAUCGACGGCGUGGAGCAGCUCAACAACAUCCUGGUUAUAGGCAUGACUAAUCGACCCGACCUGAUCGACGAAGCUCUGCUCAGACCUGGAAGACUGGAGGUCAAGAUGGAGAUCGGUCUGCCGGAUGAGACCGGUCGUGUCCAGAUCCUGAACAUUCACACAGCUAAAAUGCGGCAGUCCCACAUGCUGGGGGCCGACGUGGACAUUAAGGAGCUGGCUGUCGGGACCAAGAACUACAGCGGGGCGGAGUUAGAGGGACUCGUACGAGCGGCACAGUCUACUGCCAUGAACCGUCACAUCAAGGCCACUAAUCUGGUAGAGGUGGACACUGAAAAGGCUCAUUUGCUGCAGGUCAGCCGGAGUGACUUCUUGGCGUCUUUGAAUAACGACAUCAAACCCGCGUUUGGCACCAAUCAGGAGGAUUACACCAGCUACAUCCUAAACGGCAUUGUGAAGUGGAGUAACGCCGUGUCUGACAUCCUGGGAGACGGAGAGCUGUUGGUGCAGCAGACUAAGAACAGCGAACGCACCCCACUAGUGACGGUGCUGCUGGAAGGUCCACCUCACAGCGGUAAGACGGCUCUGGCGGCUAAAAUCGCAGAGGAAUCACAGUUUCCCUUCAUCAAGAUCUGCUCUCCAGACAAGAUGAUCGGCCACUCGGAGAUCGCCAAGUGCCAGGCCAUCAAGAAGAUAUUUGAUGAUGCCUAUAAGUCUCAGCUGAGCUGCGUUUUGGUGGACGAUAUCGAGCGGCUCUUGGAAUUUGUUCCGAUCGGUCCUCGUUUCUCAAACUCCGUCCUGCAGGCCCUGUUAGUGCUGCUGAAGAAGGUGCCUCCUCAUGGUCGUAAGCUGCUGAUCUUGGGAACCACAAGUCGUAAGGACGUGCUGCAGGAAAUGGGGAUGCUGGAUGCCUUCAGCACAACCAUCCACAUCCCCAACAUCUCCAGAGGAGAGCACCUGAUGGAGGCGCUGGAGCUGCUGGGAGGCUUCCAAGAAGAUGAACGUGUGCAAAUUGCCAAGGAAGUGAAAGGCAAAGGAGUGUGGCUCGGUAUUAAGAAGCUUCAAAUGCUCAUUGAGAUGUCGCUGCAGAUGCCGAAUCAAUACAGAGUUAGGAAGUUUUUGUCCUUGCUGACAGAAGAGGGCGCAUUGGGCUCCGAUAAGCACUUGACCUUAUAAAGGGCCGCCGCUGGAGCACGGACACACUCGCAGUCUGUCACGGAAAUUAGCGUCGUGUCGUGUCGUGAUGUGUGCUGCUGCUGAUUCGAGGCCGUCACUCUGUCCUGUCCAACACAAGCUCUAAUGAUUAGCAACUCCACCGAACUGCACAUGGACGCUGGUGUGUAUAAACACGCUGCAGUGAGCAGUGCUACGAUGGUGAAAGCUUCCCAUCGAAACUAGGCGUGUGUGUGUGUGUGUGUGUGUGUGUGUGUGUGUGAGCGUGUGUGUUUUGUAUAUAAUAAGGUAUGCUAAUUGAUCAGUGUGUGUAUGCAAACACUAGGCAUUAAACAUUCCUGUUUAAUCUGAAGCGAUGCCUUAGUCUUAAUCCCGUUCACUUGAAGAGAGACUUAGAUUUUUAUAUUUUUAAUUUUAGCUCCAUGAUUGACUGUAGGCUUGUGAGAUGAAAUCAUAUAAUUAUCCUUAUAUAAUAUUACACAAUAUCCGGUGACCUUCGUUGUCUAUAAUUAUCUUUAUUAUAUUAUCAACUAUUAUGCAUUUAGCCCCACAAGACAAACACUUUACAGUACAAUUUAUUUUAUUUUUUUGUUACUUAGACUGAACUGUUAUUAUUAUUAUUAUUAUUAUUAUUAUUAUUAUUAUUUUAUUUAUUUUUUGGAAAUUUACUGUUUCUAUGCAGGGUGGUGGAUUUUUAGGUGCUGAUUAGUGGUGAUGAUGAUGCUAUUAUUAUUAUUAUUAUUAUUAUUAUUAUUAUUAUUAUUAUACCCUCCUCUAUUCUUCUUAAACCUUAAACAAUAUAAAUUCAUCUUCUUUCAGUUGUGGACGACUUGGGGCCUUUUUGCACCCGGUGACUUCAUGUGUUGUCUCUGAUCCGAUAGCUAUUUACAUCAGGCCACAUAAAUGCGUCUCGGCGAAUCAGAUAUCGAUCCGAUCUUUCUACUCUCGCCCAAAAUGCUAAUAUAUUUGACCUAAUUUUCGGGGAAAUUGUAACAGAACACACUUUGGUGUAUGCGGUUUUCAGAACGCGAUCAAAAAGAAGACGAAUAAAAUUGUUACAACGUUUAUGCUACAAAAAAACAGCGUUUACUGUUUGCUGCAUUUUUGCUGCCGGCAGCAGCGCGAUUUAAGCCCCGGCGAGACGCCUGGGUGAAAGAUCACCUGCGAGUGACGUACUUCCGUUUGAGAGGAGUAUAGUGCUGACGUAUGUGGCCCAACAUUCAUUUACACCUGUCCAGUUUCAUCUGUAACGCGUCCCAGACCACCUCCUGAAGGGGUUUGUACCAUCGGAUUUAUAUCCGUCUCCAAAACGUUUCUGAGGGCAUUUAGACCUGGUCUUUUUACCAUCGGGUAGAUAUCUGAUCACAGAAAACGCAGGAAGUCACCAGGUGUAAAAAGCCCCUAUAAAUGGUGAGGAAAAAUGAAACACUCCUUCCUUUCAAAAUGGCAGAAAAUUCAACGUUCCCUCCCACCAGAACGUAAUCAAUGUCCAAACUCUUGUCUUUAACGUCGUUAACUUUGUACAGCAGCUACAAGACUAAAAUACCUCACAGCUCACCAUGGCAUUUCUAUGCUAAAGACUCAAAUAAACCAAAUUCCAGUUAUCCAGCAUGGCCGCUCCAUUACAGAAAGUACUUUUACCGUCGGGUAGCUAGCGGAUCACAGAAAACGCAGGAAGUGACCAGGUGUAAAAAGCCCCUUAAUCAUUUAUCGGAAAUAUUUUUUUUCUCUCCAGGAACUUGAUCUCAAGAGUAAUAAACAUCUCACAAGCCUAAUACACUGUUUUCUCCCAUACAGUGUAUUGCAUAAACAUGUCUAAUACACGGCACAGUCUGACUUAUCUAAUCUUAUCCAAUCUUUUUUUAUUUUUAAAUAGCUCUUCCUGUUGAUGUUUGUUUAGGUGUACGUUCUCUCAGAAACUCCAGGAACAGGUGUAUUUAUACUGAGAUCAGGUCACGUGUCGACUCUGUUUCACUAAUUUCAUGACUUCUGAUUAAAAACUAGAUCUUUUACUGUUUUUAUUUCUGUGGGAAUAAAAUGAAACUUCUUUUACACAUUUUUUUUUUUUUUUUUUUUAAUAUAUAUAAAUUUUUUUUUUCUCAGGCUGCUUUGUUUGCACUACCGGUCAAAAGUUUGUGGUCUGCGUGAUUCAUUUUUCCAAGAAGUUUUCCAUGGAAAUGAUUAAAAUGACCUGUAAACUGAACACGUAGUUAAGACAUUAAUGAGGUUCGCAUUCGAAGCCUUGAAGCCCUUUUGGCAUUCUAGCUGUCAGGUUGUUGAGGAAAUCUCACUCCAUGCUUCCUGAAGCACCUCCCACAUGUCUGACUGGAUCGAUGGACACGUUUCCAUCCAGAUGAAGGUCUCCUUUUGAGUCUCUCAAGGUUUCUUCUUUCUGUCGUCUCAGGAAGUUUUUUUUUUCUCACCGCCGUCACCUCUUGCUUGCUCAUCAGGGAUAAUUUAGAUCUUAGAAUUUUUACGAUUCUUGCAAAGCUGCUUUUGUGUUCCUGGUAAAAAAAAAUCGCUAUAAUAAAGUUCGAUUUGCAUUAAAUAGAACGAAUACGAGUCUCUGAAGUUCUUCAUAAGCUCGGAGCUGUGCUUUGGCUCAUUGCUCUGUUUUUGGAGGAAAUUUUGAUUUAUUUUUUUUUAAAAUCAUGAACAAAUCUAGCACUCGGGCAGCACCGAAGCACCUCCAGACCUUCUCUUGUCCUCCGUCGUGUUUGACAGGUCUUGUCGGUGUUCUUUAGCACGUCUUACUCUCCAGUCACACACGUUUAUUUUUAUGUGACUGUUUCUUUAAAGCCAGCAUCCUGAACUCAGCUCUUAUCGGUUAUUUGAGAGACUGGCAGAUGCUCCAGAUACUUAACUUGCCCGAAGAAGGCCUUUUUAUUGUCCUCAUUGGGGCAUUGGUGGUGCAAGCAGUUAGGCUCUGGCUGUUGAUUGAAGGAAUCAGGGCUCAAGCCCCAGCACUGCCAAGCUGCUACUGUUGGGCCCUUGAUCAAGGCUCCUAACCCUCACUGCUCCAGGGGGCGCUGUAUCGUAGCUGACCCUGUGCUCCGACUCCAAACUUCUCGCUUGGGGAUUGCGAAGAAAAGAAGUUCACUGUGCUGUAAUGUAUAUGAGGCGAUAAUAAAGGCUUUUAUGCCUCCAAAUUUACUUCACUUUUUGAGCAGUUUAGCCUUUUAACACGAUAAACCUCGCACACUAUCCCAACGAGUGAUGAAAGUCAUUUAGAUUUUUUUGUUUAGAUUUUAUUAUUGAUUUUAAUGUUAUCUUAAUUUGGUGGGGUGGGGGGUACCCAUCUUUCGCAGCCAUGGAAAUUCUGGUCACCCCAAACUUUGUACCUGUAGUAUAGAUUCAUGAUCUCGAUACAAUACACAUGGUGGAUCGGGGGGCCAAUACUUAUGCACACCCAUCUAGUGAACAUUUUGCGAAGGUUAAUGGUGUCGUAUCGAUGACACACAAGAGUAAGUUCCAAAAUAAAUCCAUCAAUUAAGACAAAAAUGCUGUGCAAAAGUAAUGGCACCCACAGGAAGUGCUUGCGUACACUGCACCGAUUGGCUGCGAGUCUGCGAUCCAUGACCUUUUAUGGAGCUUUGUGGGUGUGGCUAAAUGUAAAUCAGCUGAAUGCUCUCCAAUUUAUCAACAUGUACCUGUGAGUGUGAAGAAAAGCAACGUUCGUGAAACUGUCCUUAAUCCAAAGUGCCAUUUAAGUCAGUAAGAUCACACGAUGUGGCGAGAAUGGUAAGAGAAGUUAAAGCAUUGACACCAAGCCAUCGUGAAAUUACUGAUCAUUUCCAUUCGAUCUGACUUGAGUGUAAUUUACGGCUAAAAUACCGUCUGUGCCUUCGCUGUCCUUUUAGUUCCUAAUAAUAAGUGAUAUUUUUUAAGUAAAUCAUUUUGCUGUAAUAAAAUGUAUUUUUUUAUUUUAAGCUUUUUUUUUUAAUCACUGUGAUAAACGAUGAAUAAAUCUGAAAUGUUACAUAA